GGGUGCGACCCGAGACGCGCAUUUGGGGCGGGGAAAUGGGAUGAGACUCAGCCAGCUGUGAAUCUUUGAGUUGCUGGGCGCUACGCGGAUCUUCCUUCCUUCUCCGGCUGGGGCGAGUGACUUGGAACUGUAAUUUCCUUUUGAAGGAGGCCCUGGCUUCAUGGCAACAAAAUGGGCUUUUACAAGCAAGGUUCAGAGACGUGUCCCCAGGCAGCGGAAGUCAAUCUUGAGAUGAAAUAACUUCUACCAGGCCUUCUGGCAGAAUUUCAAAACAAGCACUGGACUGACUCAGGGGCCAUGGCGUUGCCUGAUUCAUCUGCCUGGGGAGAGCAGGAGUGGAAGAUGUUACCUCUGGAGUAUAGGGAAGAGAUGAAGACUAUGAAGAAACUGACCCAAAAUCAUAAAGCAAAAGGUUUGCCUUCUACUCAUACCGACUGGCUCCAAGAAAAGGCAGGAAAGCCCGAAAUACUGGUCCCAGUUACAUUCAGGGAUGUGGCUGUGGUCUUCACAGAGGCAGAAUGGAAAAGAUUGAGCUCUGAGCAGAGGCACCUAUACAAAGAAGUGAUGCUGGAGAAUUACAGGAAUCUGCUGUCACUGGAAUCAAAGCCAGAAACAGACCCCUGUUCCUCCUGCCUCCUGGCCCACUGUCAGCCACUCCUCAGCCAACAUGUGCUUCAGAUCUCCUCAGGCUUCUGUGACUUCCAUCCAAGGGAUUCUGGCCCAGGGCAUCAGAAACAGGAGUUUUCUGCUCAAAGCUGCUGGAGUGAAAACACAGAAGGUCAAGAGAGAGAAGGUGACUGCAGACCCUGGUGUGUGAGGACAGAGGAGAGAGAGACCUCAAGUGCAUUCCCCAGUCCACCCCGAGGACAGUCAGCAAGUCCUACAGAAGGUGGCAUGGUGGUAGAUAUAGAGCCCAAUUCAGCUCAAAUGGUAAACCCUGUGCAAACAGACAAAGGAGUGAAGGAAUUAGGAACCCCAAGAUUUGGAGCAGUCAGCUGUAGCUGGCAUGAACUAGACUGUAGCCUGAAAUCAAACUGUAUUACAAACCAGGUGACCGUCUCAGGAGAGAAGCCCUAUGUUUGCAGGGAGUGUGGGCGAGGCUUUAAAGAUAAGUCAAACCUCAUCAGACACCAUCGGACGCACUCAAUGGAGAAGGCUUAUGUGUGCAGUGAGUGUGGCCGAGGCUUCAGCCUGAUGGCAAUCCUUAUUAAUCACCAGAGGACACACUCAGGAGAGAAGCCGUAUGUGUGUGAGGAGUGUGGGCGAGGCUUUAGCCAGAAGUCCAACCUCAACAGACACGCGUGAACACAUUCAGAAGAGAAGCCUUAUUUGUGCAGGGAGUGUGGGCAGAGCUUCAGAAAUAACUCAGUCCUCAUUAGACAUCAGUGGACUCACUCUGGGGAGAAGCCCUGUGUUUGUCGGGAGUGUGGGCAAGGCUUCAGCGAGAAGUCAUCCUUCAUCAGACACCAGAGGACACACUCAGGGGAGAAGUAUGUUUGCAGGGAGUGUGGGCGAAGCUUUAGCUACAAGUCAAAUCUCAUCAGACACCGGAAGUCACAUUCGGACGAGAAGCCUUAUAUAUGCAGGGAGUGUGGGCGAGGCUUUUUUGAUAAGUCGACCCUCAUCAGACACGAGAGGACACACUCGGGGGGAAAGCAUGUUUGAAGGGAGUGUGGGCGAGGCUUUAGCGACAAGUCAAAUGUUAUCAGACCCCAGAGGACACACGGAGAGGAGAAGCCUUGUGUAUGCAGAGAGUGUGGGCAAGACUUGAGCAAUCAGUUAAACCUCAUCUCACACCCGAGACAUCUGGGGAGUCGUCCCUCCGUGUGUGUGGAGUGUGAGCGAAGCUUCAGAGAUGUGUCAACUCUAACCAGGCACCGAACACAUUCAGGAGAGGAGCCUUACGCGUGUGGGUAACUCUAGCCAUAAGUCAACCUUCGUUGCACCAGGAGGAUGCACUUCGGUGGGAAGUAUUAUGUGUGCAGGGACUGUGGGUGAGUUAGCAAUAAGUCAACAUUUACUGGACAUCCAAUGGCCAAUUUGAGGGAAGUUGUCAUGUGUUCGGGAGUGCUGGUGACCCUUAACAAAGGAACAAACAGGUAGGAACAAGAUGGCACACUCAGGGAGUGUGUUUGCAGGGAGCGUGGGCAAGGCUCUUGUGAUUGGUCAGCCUCUUUCUCAUGAUGUAGGGAGAAUCCUUACGUGGGGAUGUGUGGAGCUCUGCCCAGACAACCUUACCAGGGCCAACACUCCAGCAGCUCUGAGAACUGCUGCUGAUGGCUGCAGAGAUGAAUUCUUCUGUAGGACCUGCUCUCAGCCCCAGGGAACUGCACCUUCCUAAGGGGUGGCUCCUGGCCAAUGACGGAUUGAUAUGGAGGAUAAAACCCCAUCCCUGACUCAGCUGGGUCCAAAGGGUCAUCCCAGAUCUGAAGGUGCCCAUCAGACAGAAGGUCCUUCUCUCAGGUGUAAACGCAUUGCAAGUCAGUUCCUUCCUCUGCCCAGUCCAGCCCUCAGUCCCCAAAAGACCACUCGAUUCUCCAUCUCAUUGUCUCUCCGGGGAAUUCACUCUAAGACAGCAUAAGUGUACAAGGAGUGUGGGCAUGGCUUUAGCCAUAAGUCACCCCUCACAAACCCCAGUAUAUAUGGAAUAGAAGCUCUGUGUGUGUGGGCAGAAUGGACAAGGACUUAGGAAAAGCGCACUUCAGGGUAUAUCAGAGAAUAGCUAUUUUGGGAGAAGCUUUACAUGGGCAGGGAGAGAGACUGUGAGAUAGUUUAGCAAUAAGUUAUACCUCAUCCUGCACCAGAGGACACUCAGAGAGAAGACCUGGCUGGGCAGGGUUUGUGGGUGGAACUUUGUCCUGAUGUCCCUCCUCAACAGACUAUGAGGACAGUGUUGCCACCACAAACCACUACCUCAGUCACCUCUGAGGGGUUUUCAGAAGUCUUGACCCUCCCUACCCCACCUCAUUUUCUGUAUGUGAGUGAAGAUGGCACUAACAACUAGAUAGACACCCCCCCACACACUUUUUAUAAUCAAAUGGAAUAAAAAUGUAGGUUUUAUUUAAGUAA